GCUCCUCCUUGUAAGGAAAGAGCACCAGUCCCAGGAGGACGCUCCCGGGGUCCAACCGUGGCCUCCACCGGAGAGGAGGAGAAGGAUGGAGGAUGGAAGGGGGCCUGUCCCGCCCUGCCCCACCCUGGGGGCUCCAGGCCAAGGGCAGUAAGUCCAGCAGUUUCUGGACCCCGUGGGAUGCUCAGGGCUGGAAGGACCAGACCCUAAACAUGUGAAAUGCCAGGACCGUGCAGAGCUCGGGGUGAAGAAGGCGGGUGAGGGACAGAAGACCCGUCCCCAGCACCACCUCCCUCCAAGGCUGUGGGGUGGAGAAGGAGCCUGGCCCGGAUCCUGAGGCCCUGCACAGCCUUCACUGGGCUCGAGGAGCGGUGGGCAUAGACAGCUCUGUCUUCCUGAGGGCUGUUAGGAGGUUCGUCUGGGGGCCCGUGUGGAGGCAGUGGCCCGAGCAUCUGGCCGCAGCCCACUCCCACCUCUGCCCACAGAGGGGCCAGAUCUAUCAGCUGGACCCCGGCAGUGCCCAGUGCCUUUGCACCUGCUACAGGGGAGGAAGCAACCAUCGCUGGCAGCAAAGUGCCUGACAUGAAGGGUCUAGUAUAGUGGCGCCAAACACCGAGCCUUGAAGGCAUCGAUCCCAGGGGACUGGAGGGGCUGGCAGGCGGGCUGGUGGUCUGUGCCUGGGUCCCAGGGCUCAGAGACCCCUGAGGUGAGACCCUCCAAAGUGGGGCGCAGAGCUACCCCACAGCCCGCCCCUAGCGCCCCAACUGUUCCCAGCCCUGUCCCCUCCCUUGCCCCAUUUCAGAGCCCCCAGAAAUCUGCUUCUCCCCACCCCCGCCCCCAGUGUCACCUCCUCUGGGAGGGCACACAGUCUGGGGGGAGAAGAGGAGGAAACAGGAAAGAGGGGAGGCAGGGAUGGGACUGGCGGCAGGGACUUGACUGGGCCACCAGGCACCGCACGGUUGUGCCCUACCCAUCUUCUCUGGAAACGCUCUGCUCGGGAGGGGGUGUCAGGAGGCCUGGCUGCGGCUUAGGGCUUAUUGUCCCACCCAGGGGGGCAGGGCCAAUCCCCACACCAGGUGUCUGUCCCUGGGGAGAUUACUGCACCCAAGCACACACCUCCCUCCAUCCCUGGCCAUGGAUGCGGCUCUGCUCCUGAAUGUGGAAGGCGUCAAGAAGACCAUUCUGCACGGGGGCACCGGCGAGCUCCCAAACUUCCUCACGGGGUCCCGGGUCAUCUUUCACUUCCGCACAAUGAAAUGCGACGAGGCGCGGACAGUGAUCGAUGACAGCAAGCGUGUGGGCCAUCCCAUGCACAUCAUCAUCGGGAACAUGUUCAAGCUGGAGGUCUGGGAGGUGCUGCUGACAUCCAUGCGCGUGGGCGAGGUGGCCGAGUUCUGGUGCGACUCUAUUCACACAGGAGUCUACCCCAUCCUGUCCCGGAGCCUGCGGCAGGUGGCGGAGGGCAAGGACCCCACCGAGUGGCACGUACACACAUGCGGCUUGGCCAACAUGUUUGCCUAUCACACGCUGGGCUACGAGGACCUGGACGAGCUGCAGAAGGAGCCGCAGCCCCUCAUCUUCAUGAUAGAGCUGCUGCAGGUGGAGGCCCCAAGUGAGUACCAGAGGGAGACGUGGAGCCUGAACAAUGAGGAGAAGAUGCAGGCGGUACCCAUCCUCCAUGGAGAGGGGAACCGGCUCUUCAAGCUGGGCCGCUACAAUGAUGCCUCCACCAAGUACCAGGAGGCCAUCGUCUGCCUGAGGAACCUGCAGACCAAGGAGAAGCCCUGGGAGGUGCAGUGGCUAAAGCUGGAGAAGCUGAUCAACACCUUGAUUCUCAACUACUGCCAGUGUCUGCUGAAGAAGGAGGAGUACUACGAGGUGCUGGAGCACACUAGUGACAUCCUGCGGCUUCACCCAGGAAUCGUGAAGGCCUACUACGUGCGUGCCCGGGCUCACGCAGAGGUGUGGAACGAGGCCGAGGCCAGGGCGGACCUUCAGAAAGUGCUGGAGCUGGAGCCAUCCAUGGGGAAGGCUGUGCGCAGGGAGCUGCGGCUUCUGGAAAAUCGCCUGGAGGAAAAGCGGGAGGAGGAGCGGCUGCGCUGCCGGAACAUGCUGGGCUAGGGUGCAGAGGGCCUCCCCUGCCUCCCCAGCCUCCCCUGGACUCCCCCUGGCCUCCCCAGCC